AGAGGGGUAUAUAGCCGGCCCCAUAUGGAAAGGUGCGUGCAUUUAUCCCGCCCAGCGUCCUAUCCGGCUGUGGAAGCGAAUUUGAGAGUUUAUGUCCAACUGAACAGGACUGCCUACACUGAACCAUGGUCUCGGCUGCUUUUCAAAUCAUGGGCAUGGCCCUCUCUGUAGUGGGCUGGAUUGGGGCCAUCAUCACGUGUGCCCUGCCUAUGUGGAAGGUCACGGCUUUCAUCGGUACUAACAUUGUGACAGCUCAGAUCACCUGGGAGGGGCUGUGGAUGAGCUGCGUCGUGCAGAGCACCGGCCAGAUGCAAUGCAAGGUCUAUGACUCCAUGCUGGCUCUGCCUCAGGAUAUGCAAACCGCCCGGGCUCUCAUGGUCAUCUCCGUGCUUCUGGCCCUCUUCGCCCUGAUGGUUGGCAUUGUGGGCGCCAAAUGCACCAACUGCGUGGAGGAGGAAGACGUCAAGGCACGGAUCAUCAUUGUCUCCGGGGCCAUCUUUGUGGUAGCGGGAGUCCUUUGCCUCAUCCCCGUCUGCUGGUCAGCCAAUACUAUAAUCCGGGAGUUCUACAGCCCCCUAGUUGUGGAGGCUCAGAAGAGAGAGCUGGGCUCCUCCCUCUACCUUGGCUGGGCAGCUGCGGCUUUGAUGAUCCUCGGAGGAGCGCUGCUCUGCUGCAGUUGCCCCAAGAAAGAGAGCAACAACUACAGCGCUCGAUACACGGCUGCUGUCUCUCAGCCCCGCAGUGAUUAUCCCAGCAAGAACUAUGUGUAAGAGCGUCACGUCGAGAUGAAGCUGUUGCCAUCCUGAAAGCUUGUUGCUGGUGGAUUCCCUGGGAGCAGUAGAACUGCAUAAUGGAUGUCCCUAUGGAGAACAGACCAUCCUGCUCCGCGACUUCCCAACAUUUCUGGCCCAUCAGUAUUUCCCCCCUGCCCCACUGUUACCACUAGAUAGAUUUACUCCCACAUGUCUCAGCUCUUGUUUUGAAGAGAAUCCUUGAUUCGUGAUAGAAGAAUUCAGUAUAGGUAGAUAGGUAUUGAAUCAAACUCCUAUUUUCAAGUAGUUUGUGAUAAAAGCAUUUGUGUGUGCUUGCCCCCACCCCUCCAUUACACAACCUGAAACAGCCUGUGAUGGCUCAGAGACCAAAUCCUGUUCCAUAGGAUCAUGGGGGGAGGGGUGGAAAUGGGUUACUCUAAGCCUAUGUUUUUGAAGCUGUGAUAAUGUUGUACAGUAUUUUGUGAAGAAAAGGGAUGUGGCCUUUUAGCCCUCUUACUGUUUUUAACUUUUUGCAAUUGCUCUUGCAUGCAUUUCAUACUGGAAGCCAGUUUUUCCUCUUUUUUUUUUUUUUUUUAAUAUAACCGGAA